GUACGAGGCAGCCUGGGGGUGGGCGGAAAAAUAUGGAGACAUGAGUUUCUACUCUGUAUUUGGUCAACCUAUAUGCAUACUUAACUCGUCGGAUAUUGUUCGGAGACUCUUCGGCUCGGACGAGUACAAACUGCUCACAUCUGACCGUGAGCCUACAGUGGUGUCCGAAUUUGCGUGGUAUAACGGGAAGGAGCUUUUCUUCACACCUUAUAAUUCCCAAACUAGACAGAAAAGAACUUUGUUCCACAAGGUAAUGGGAAUCUACGGGGAUGGUGUGGACAAGUUUGAGAGCAUCGUUAGUAAAGAGCUUGACCGCGUUCUGGAGGAGAUGGAUACUGCUAGAGUUACUAACCAGGAUAUACCCAUGCCUCAGAUUUUGUCGAGAUCUCUGAAGAUCAUUUUGUACGUGCUGGUCAAUGGUGACAUCGUUCCUGAGAAACUCAACCUUGAUGUCGUCGACACGAUGGAGCGCUACGACAAUGCAGUAAACAGGAUGUUUGACCUACAGACUCUCACAGCCCUCACUUUCUUCCCUCCACUUCGCAAGGUCGGCAAAUACAAGAAAAUUUGCGAUGACGUCACUGAGAGUAAAAUUAAGGCUGAGAAAAUUAUGUUUGAAGACCUUAAGUCCACGUACCAAGCGGGCAAAGUGCGGGGUAUUGCCGAUGCGUUAUUCCAUUUCCAGAGUCAGCCCGGACACGAAUGGCUGGACGAUGAGAACAUCAAAGGCUUCCUCACCACUACCUUUUUCGCAGCUCACAUGACGUCACGAGCUAGCCUACUGAACAUCGUACUGAUAUUGAUCCACCACCCAGAGGUCGCAAGUCGAAUACAGGAAGAGAUCGAAUCUGUGCUCGGGGAUCGAACACCGCGAGUCGAGGAUCGUCUGAGUAUGCACUAUACGGAAGCUGUGGUUAUUGAGAAUAUCAGAUAUGUCAGCCAGGCCCCUUUCACUGGCCUUCGCAGUGCACGGGAGGAUAUUCACAUUGAUGGUUACGUCAUCCCAAAGGGCACACAGUUUCUGGUGAAUCAGUGGUUCUUACAUCGUGAUCCUAACAUCUGGGAUGAUCCCUGGAAGUUCAAGCCAGAACGAUUUUUAGAUGAGAGUGGAGUCAUACUGCCAGCCAAUCAUCCAGUGCGCAAAAAGUUUCAGGCUUUUGGGCACGGCAACAGAAUGUGUCCUGGUGAGGGAUUUGCAAGAUCCCGUAUCUUUCUGUUCACGGUGAUGAUCCUCCAGAAAUUUGACCUCCUUCCUCCGGAGAACGAACCUCUACCAUCCUGUGACCCGAGAGACAACUUGAAGGGCGGGGUGAGACAGGCACCACCGUUCAAGUGCAGACUGCGGAAUC